UGACAUUUUUUUUUCUAUUGGUAAAUUACAAUGACAAUCUCAUUGGGUACGCUCCUGCAACUUGCUCCUCACUAAUUCUUUUAUUUGUUUACUUACAUUAACAGAUCAGCAAUAAGAGAAUCUCAUUGACUAUGCCCGUGCAGCUUGCUCAAUAAUUGAACACUAAAGAAUGACCAAGGGAAAGUGAAUGUCUUCCUCUUGAAAGACACAGUUGACUUUCUUCUCAUCUCACUCUCAACACAUAACAAUAGCAGAAACUAGAUCUAUACUAAGAUGGAGAAAUUGCAAGAAAUUGCAGUGUCCUUGGCUGUUGAUUAUUUGCUUCCACCCUUAAAGAAAGCAGUGAAUUCAGUCAUGGAGGUUCCAAAAGAUGCUGCAGACAUGAAAGACAAACUUGAUGGGAUUCAAGCCAUGAUUCAUGAUGUGGACAAGAUGGCAGCAGCUGAAGAAGGCAACUCACGUGAUGGUCUCAAAGCAAAGGUGAAGCAGCUGGUGGAAACAUCUUUUUGCAUGGAAGAUCUCGUUGAUGAAUACAUUAUCCAUGAGGAAAGGCAGCUUGCUGAUGAUCCUGGAUGUGCAUCUUUACAUUGUAAGGCUAUUGAUUUCGUCAAAACUACGGCCUCUCGUCUUCAAUUUGCAUACAUGAACCAGGACGUGAAAUCAGAAUUUCGUGGGAUCAAGGAGAGGAACAAAAGUGAGGAUUGUUACCAAAUUCAAUCUUCUGGAGGACCCCAAAACAUCACGUUUGACAACCUUCGAAUGGCUCCUAUGUUUCUUAAGGAGGCUGAGGUUGUGGGCUUUGACAGCCCUAGAGACACAUUGGAAAGAUGGUUGAAAGAGGGGCGGGAAAAGCUCACUGUUGUCUCUGUGGUAGGAAUGGGAGGAAGUGGAAAAACUACUCUUGCCAAGAAAGUUUUUGACAAAGUCCAGACACACUUCACUCGCCAUGUCUGGAUCACAGUGUCUCAGUCAUACACCAUAGAAGGAUUGCUGCUCAAGUUUCUGGAAGCGCUGCUCAAGUUUCUGGAAGCAGAAAAAGGAAAGGAUCCUUCUCAGAGUGUUUAUUCUACAAUGGAUAAAGCAUCGUUGAUACAUGAGGUGAGAAAUCACUUGAGCUGCAAUAUUUAUGUUGUCGUGUUUGAUGACGUGUGGAAUGAAAAUUUUUGGGAGGAAAUGAAAUUUGCUUUAGUUGAUGUUGAAAAUGGAAGUAGGAUAAUAAUCACAACCAGGCACCGUGAGGUUGCAGAGUCUUGUAGGACAUCUUCUCUUGUUCAAGUGCAUGAGUUGCAACCUUUAACUGAUGACAAAUCUUUCGAAUUGUUUUGUAAAAUGGCAUUUGGAUCUGAAUUAGAUGGGCAUUGUCCAAACAAUCUUAAGGGCAUAUCAACUGAAAUUGUUAAAAAGUGUGAAGGUUUACCACUAGCUAUUGUGGCCACUGGUGGCCUUUUAUCUCGCAAAAGUAGAGAUGCACGUGAAUGGCAAAGAUUUAGUGAGAAUCUAAGUUCAGAAUUAGGAAAGCAUCCCAAAUUAACUCCCGUGACAAAGAUUUUGGGUUUAAGUUAUUAUGAUUUGCCUUACCAUCUCAAACCAUGCUUCUUGUAUUUCGGAAUAUAUCCGGAAGAUUAUGAAGUUGAGUGCGGGAGAUUGAUUCUGCAAUGGGUAGCUGAGGGGUUUGUCAAAUCUGAUGAAGCGUCACAGACUUUAGAAGAAGUGGCAGAAAAAUAUUUGAAUGAGUUGAUCCAAAGAAGUUUGGUUCAAGUAUCUUCAUUUACAAAGUGUGGCAAAAUUAAAAGGUGUCGUGUUCAUGACGUAGUACGUGAAAUGAUCCGAGAGAAGAAUCAAGAUUUAAGCUUUUGCCAUUCUGCUAGUGAGCGUGGGAACUUGUCCAAAAGUGGGAUGAUUCGUCACCUAACAAUAGUAGCAUCUGGUUCCAACAAUUCUACGGGAAGUGUUGAAAGCUCGAACAUUCGAUCACUUCAUGUUUUCAGUGAUGAAGAAUUGUCAGAAUCCUUGGUGAAGAGUAUGCCUACAAAGUACAUGUUAUUAAGGGUACUUCAAUUUGAAUGUGCUCCAAUGUAUGAUUAUGUUCCGCCCAUUGAAAGUUUGGGGGAUUUAUCAUUUUUGAGGUACUUAAGCUUCAGAUGUUCAAACAUAGUUCAUCUUCCAAAAUUAAUUGGUGAGCUUCACAACCUAGAAACAUUGGAUCUAAGACAAACUCGUGUGUGUAUGAUGCCAAGAGAGAUCUACAAGCUUAAGAAGUUAAGACACCUUCUGAAUAAAUAUGGGUUUCUAAUGGAUAGUGGCAUUGGAGAUCUAACAUCCCUACAAACACUACGUGGAGUGGACAUAAGCUAUAAUACAGAAGAAGUAGUAAAAGGGUUGGAAAAACUUACACAAUUAAGGGUGUUGGGCUUGAGAAAAGUUGAGUCAAGAUUCAAAAGUUUUCUGUGCUCCUUGAUAAACAAGAUGCAACACCUGGAGAAGUUAUAUAUUUCUGCAGAUGGAGAUGGGAACCUGGAUUUGCAUUUUGAUGUAUUUGCACCUGUACUUCAGAAGGUUCGUCUUAGGGGGCAGUUAAAGGAGUUACCAAACUGGGUUGGCAAGCUCCAAAAUCUUGUUACGCUGUCCUUGUUUUCCACGCGGUUGACACAUGAUCCAUUGCCACUACUUAAAGAUCUACCAAUUUUGACGCACCUUAGUAUCAAUUAUGCAUACGAUGGUGAAGUUUUGCAGUUUCCAAACAGGGGGUUUCCGAACCUAAAGCAAAUACUACUGUUACAUUUGUUUCCAUUGAAAUCCAUCGUUAUUGAAGAUGGAGCAUUGCCUUCUCUCGAAAAGCUCAAGUUAAAAUUUAUUCGCUAUCUGACAGAGGUGCCUCGUGGUAUUGACAAGUUACCAAAGCUUAAGGUUUUCCAUUGUGUUGAUAUGUCAGAUGAAUUUAAAGAAAGCUUUAAUCUCAACAGAGGACAACGUCGUCAAUGGAUAAUAGAAUGAUAGUGGGAAUGAAAAAAGUCCGUCUUUCAAACCUUGAUAUUCAUCAUGAAAACUGCCUUGGAAUUCAGCAUUGUUCCUUCAAGUCUCCAAAUAAACAGAAUAUGUGGACCUAUCUUAAUUUCUUUAGCAAAGUGAUAAAACUUCUGAAUUAAUGGUAGUGAUGUAAGACAUUUGGCUUUUUUAUUCAGUGCCUUCUUAGAUACAUCAUGUUUGCACCAUGUUAUGAGAAUUUCUCUUUCACAGACUGUAAUCAUUGAAAUUUGUUUUCUAUUUCUGAAUGAGAAGAAAAACAAGUUGUCACUGUGUAA